CAACAACUAACAUUUGGUCGGAAUUCUGAAGAACAGCAGAUAGCAUUGCUUUUUAUAUAAUCAUUUUGUGAGAAAUUGACUAACACAAUUAUACAGCUUUGCUUGAAAUAGGUGAAGUAGUACCACUAAAAGAAUCUGCUGCCUACACAUUUGGCCUCUUGGGAUUCCAUUGCAUGCCAGUAAUGUAAUUUGUAUAAAUACUUGUUUUAAGUGUGUCUUUCAUUCAGAGGAGAAAUUAGAACAACAGUAACAUUUUCAUUUUUCAAAACGCUGAACGCAUAUUCCGAGUAUUUGACGAUUACUCAAACUAAAGACAAGUUUGCUUAAUUGAAAGAAACUUUUCAAACUAAACAAGCAUAGAAUAUUCUAACAUACAUACAUAGUUUUGGAUAUUAACAAACUACGAAUAUAUUAAUAAAUAGUGUGACGAAUAAGUCGGAAAGAACCCAACAGCAGAAAUUAACAGGAUUAAAUAUGACUACAUAUGUCUUGAACAUUUUAUUAGCUGCUUUAGCUGUAAGCAUGUUUGUUUCUAAUAGUGAUGGAUUUGUAUUAAAUGGACACCAAGUUAAGAUGACUGAUUCUGAUUCAUCGAAGGACACCGUGAUCGAAGACCUCAAAACACACCACCCGACGGUCAGACAUUUUGCAAGGCACGGUUUAUGUAGCAAUUACGAGGGAAAACGAACUCUUUAUAUUGCAAUGAAAGCGAAAGUCUGUGAUAUUAGCUUGUCAACGAUACAAAGUGUAGUGUUAGACCUUUGCAGACAUAAGAAUCAUAUGCUGGACAAAUGGGUAGAGGAAUUAUUUGACAUCGAUGGUAAUGGUUAUAUCUCUCAUUUUGAAAAGCAUCUUUACUCUUGAAAACACCACUGUUUAAGGGUGGCAAGGAUGACGUACCAAAACAGAAAUUGGACCAUACGAAUAAAACUGAAAACAGAUGAUUCCAAUCAGUAAUUUCAAAAUUACAAUGCUACUAAAUGUAUUUGACUUUUAAUCAGUUGAAAUAUAUUACAAUAUUAGAUUUCAAUGUAAAAAAACAACAAAUUCUUUGACUGCUUAUGUAGGUUUAUUUCUUUGUUUUUUAUAACACAUGGUGCAUAUGUUUCUGAUUACACAUUCGAAUGUGCCUUUUUAUAUAGAAAAAUGAUAGUGCGUUUAUUGAACUAUAAUUAUUAAAUGAAACAAAGCAAGCAAUUUUGACACUAAAACAAAAUGAUGAAUUCUGCUUUUAACAAAUUUAGUGUGUGUAUUUUUCCAACAUAUUGUAUACCAGUUGUCUGAUUAUCUUUUUCGAUUUUUAAAUAUUUUCGGUAUUUGUAGAUUUUUUAACACACGCAAGUGUCAAAUAAUACUUGUUCUCUAGAACAUUCCAUGUGUUUUUUUUAAUAUAUGAAUAUUUAAAAGAACAUUUUAGAUAUAAUUAUAUUAUAAUUAUAUAAAUUCACUGAAGGUUUUUAACAAAUAGCAUGCAAACAAAUGCUGUCCAAGAAUAUUUUGUCUUGCCUCUAAUGACGACAUAAAAAUAUAUUCCAAAAUGGAUACCAAACAUUCCAUUCAUGAUUGAAAACUGAUCAGAGAGCUUUUGUUAUUUAACUUUUGUGAUAUAGCUUAGCAGAUUGUUGUAAUUGUAUGAUUGUAUGACUCAUAUAGAAUGGAACAUUUACAACCAUUGUAUUCCAAGACAUUGAAUAUAUUUAUUAUAUUCAAGAAAAGAGGACUAUAACCACUUUUUUAAAACAUUUAUCUUAUGAAUAUUUUUGUCAUAAAAUAUCUCAUAUGUUUAUAUGAAGGAUAUGUCUUUUUACUUUUCUGUCUCUUUUGUUUUUUAUCGUCAUAUAUAUAUAUUUUACCUCAAAUACCAAUUCAGUAUUAUAAAAUGCUUGUUGUUGUGAAUAUUUAUUUGUACAGCUUGUUUGUUUACUU